CUCCUCCUCUCCCGCUUCAUCCUCAUCUCCGAUGACGACAUCUCCCCAUCCCCUCACUCCCUCUCCCUCGCCCUCUCCCUCGCCAACCAGCACCCCCUCUCCCUCCUCGGCUUCUUCCCCCGCUCCCACGCUUUCGACCUCCCUUCCAAAUCCUGGAUCUACACCCUCCACUCCGACCGCUACUCCAUUCUUCUCACCAAGCUCAUGCUCCUCCGCGCCGAUUACCUUCACAAAUACAGCUGCUGGACCAGAUUAAGUCCCGCCAGGGCCGUGGUGGACCGCGAGCGUAACUGCGAGGACAUUCUCAUGAACUUCGUCGCCGCCAUGGAGAGUGGCGAAGGUCCUUUGCUCGUCGGCGGUAGGGUUAGGGAUUAUGGUGAUCCGAGGAAUCGGGGGAAAGGGGAGACGGAGAUCGGAAGGGUGGGUUUGAGCUCGAGAAAGGAGCAUUGGGGGAGGAGGGGGAGCUGCAUUACUGAGUUCCAUCGCUUGCUGGGUGUGAUGCCAUUAAGAUACAGUUAUGGUAAGGUAGUGGGGGAGAUUGGGGAACAGGGGGUCUGUAAAAAAAGUGGGAAGCUGGUUUUUUGUGAUGAGGAUUAGGGAGACAUAAUGCAUUAUGGAACCCUAGAAGCAUUGCCUCUUCUUUUCCUUCUAUUUUUCUUACUAUA